GUGGGCGUGGCCGAGUGCCGCCGGGGCUGCGCCGUGGGACGCGCCGGGCCGCGCUCGCCGGGGCUGCCGCUGCCGGAGGAGCGGGAGCCGCAGCAGCCGUUCCCCGCCGCCGGGGAGAGGCCGCAGCGAGGCGGUGGCCGGGUCCGGCCCAUGGACCGUCCGGGCCUGAGGCGGAGCCCGAGGAAGGAGUCGCUCGGCCCCGGCGCGGCCGUGAGGGGCGGGAGGCGGCGCGGGGCGCGGGCGGUGCGGCGCGGCUGAGCGCGGCGCACGGGCCUUUGAGCGCCGUUGUCCGCCGGCUUCGCCGCCGCCCGGCUGUGCCGUGCCCUGCCCUGCGCCCGCCGCCGCGGCACCAUGUCGGCCAAGGUGCGGCUGAAGCGGCUGGAGCAGCUGGUGCUGGACGGGCCGCAGCGGAACGACAGCGUGCUGAGCGUGGAGACCCUGCUCGACCUCCUGGUCGGCGUCUACACCGAGUGCAGUCGCGACUCGCCGCUCCGCCGCGACCGAUACGUCUCCGACUUCCUCGAGUGGGCAAGACCGUUUACAAAAUUGGUAAAGGAAAUGCAGCUCCAUCGAGAUGACUUUGAAAUUAUCAAAGUGAUUGGAAGAGGUGCAUUUGGUGAGGUAGCAGUUGUUAAAAUGAAGUGUACAGAGCGCAUUUAUGCAAUGAAAAUUCUGAAUAAAUGGGAGAUGCUUAAAAGGGCAGAGACAGCUUGCUUCCGAGAGGAGAGAAACGUCUUGGUGAAUGGAGAUUGUCAGUGGAUUACCACGUUGCACUAUGCCUUUCAAGAUGAGAACUAUUUGUAUCUAGUGAUGGACUACUACGUUGGUGGUGACUUACUGACACUUCUCAGUAAGUUUGAAGACAAGCUUCCUGAGGAUAUGGCUAGGUUCUACAUUGGUGAAAUGGUGCUUGCUAUACAUUCCAUACAUGAGCUGCAUUAUGUGCACAGGGACAUAAAGCCUGAUAAUGUUCUUUUGGAUGUGAAUGGCCACAUACGACUGGCAGACUUUGGGUCCUGUCUGAAAAUGAGUGAAGAUGGCACAGUACAGUCAUCAGUAGCAGUGGGUACGCCUGACUACAUCUCCCCUGAGAUACUGCAAGCAAUGGAAGAUGGAAUGGGAAAAUAUGGGCCUGAAUGUGACUGGUGGUCACUGGGAGUCUGCAUGUAUGAAAUGCUGUAUGGUGAAACACCCUUUUAUGCAGAGUCAUUAGUGGAAACCUAUGGGAAGAUUAUGAAUCAUGAAGAACGAUUUCAGUUUCCAUCCCAUGUUACAGAUGUAUCUGAAGAAGCAAAAGAUCUUAUUCAGCGACUUAUCUGCAGUAGGGAACGUAGACUGGGACAAAAUGGAAUAGAGGAUUUUAAGUCUCAUGCAUUUUUUGAAGGACUUAAUUGGGAUAACAUCCGAAACCUAGAAGCACCUUACAUUCCAGAUGUUAGCAGUCCUUCUGACACCUCAAACUUUGAUGUAGAUGAUGAUGUAUUAAGAAAUCCAGAAGUGGUGCCACCAAGUUCUCAUACAGGCUUUUCUGGAUUGCAUUUACCAUUUGUUGGGUUUACAUACACAACUGAUAGCUCUUUAUCUGAUAGAGGCACUUUAAAGAGUGCGAUGCAGUCUGACACUGUAACCAAAGAUAUGGAUGUACAGCGUGACUUAAAGAACAGUUCACAAAUAGAAGGCUAUGAAAAGAAAAUACGGAAAUUAGAACAAGAAAAGCAGGAUUUGAACAGAAAACUGCAAGAAUCUACACAGACAAUGCAGAACCUCCAAGGUCCAGUGUGUGUUACAGUAAAUACAAGCCGUGAUAAGGAGAUUAAAAAAUUAAAUGAAGAAAUUGAACGGUUGAAGAACAAAUUAACAGAUAUAAGUAAACUGGAAGGACAGCUUGCAGAUGCAAUGGCUUUUCGACAAGAACAUGAAGACUCAAUGCACAAGUUGAAAGGACUAGAAAAACAAUGCAGAGUACUGCGGCAAGAAAAGGAGGAGCUUCAUAAGCAACUUGUAGAAGCCUCAGAGAGAUUAAAGAUGCAAUCCAAAGAACUGAGGGAUGCCCACCAGCAAAGAAAGCUAGCUGUGCAGGAGUUCUCCGAGCUCAGUGAGAGGAUGGGAGACUUACGAUCUCAAAAGCAGAAGCUGUCCCGGCAACUUCGCGACAAAGAAGAAGAGGUGGAAAUGAGCAUGCAGAAAAUUGAUGCCAUGAGACAGGACAUCCGUAAAUCGGAGAAGAUCAGAAAAGAGCUGGAAGCCCAACUUGAAGAAGUUGUAGCAGAAGCAUCAAAAGAACGCAAGCUUCGUGAGCACAGUGAGGUCUUCUCCAAACAACUGGAAAAUGAACUGGAAGCACUGAAGCUGAAGCAGGGAGGCCGGGCAGCAGGUGCCACACUAGAACAUCAGCAGGAGCUUUCCAAAAUUAAGUCUGAGCUAGAAAAGAAAAUCCUAUUUUAUGAAGAGGAGUUGGUCCGACGAGAAGCAUCACAUGUCUUGGAAGUCAAAAAUGUGAAAAAGGAAGUACAUGAUUCAGAGAGCCAUCAGCUUGCACUGCAGAAAGAGAUCAUGAUAUUAAAGGAUAAAUUAGAGAAAACAAAGCGAGAGAGGCACAGUGAAAUGGAGGAAGCAGUAGGAACAAUGAAAGAUAAAUAUGAGCGUGAAAGAUCUAUGCUCUUGGAAGACAACAAAAAGCUAACAACAGAAAAUGAGAGGCUCUGUUCGUUUGUGGACAAAUUAACAGCACAGAACAGACAGUUAGAAGACGAGCUCCAAGACCUAGCAGCAAAGAAGGAGUCUGUUGCACACUGGGAAGCUCAGAUUGCAGAGAUUAUUCAGUGGGUAAGUGAUGAGAAGGAUGCUCGUGGCUAUCUCCAAGCAUUGGCUUCCAAGAUGACAGAAGAACUAGAAUCAUUGAGAAGUUCCAGUCUGGGGUCACGAACACUGGAUCCACUUUGGAAAGUACGACGCAGUCAGAAGUUGGAUAUGUCAGCCAGGCUGGAAUUACAAUCAGCCCUUGAUGCAGAAAUUCGUGCCAAACAACUAGUUCAAGAAGAGCUACGAAAAGUUAAAGAUGCAAAUAUGUCUUUUGAAAGUAAAUUAAAGGAAUCAGAAGCAAAAAAUAGGGAACUGUUGGAAGAGAUGGAAGGUUUGAAGAAAAAACUGGAAGAAAAAUACAGAACAGAUUCAGGUCUCAAACUUCCAGACUUUCAAGAUUCCAUUUUUGAAUAUUUCAACACUUCUCCUCUUGCACGUGAUCUGACUUUCAGAACGAGUUCUAUUAGUGAACAGGAAACCCAGGGUCCCAAGUCAGAAGUUUCACCAUCUACUUCGGUUGUAACUGCAGAGCAACAACAAGAAUUUUUUGUGAUUCAGGAACCAAUUCGGCUUCAGAGGAUGCCUGCUGCUCCUUCCCCCACCAUUCAAUCCAUUUCUCUAGCUGUACCAAAGCCUAAAGCUCACCAGCUCAAUAUCAAGUCAUUCACAAGCCCCACUCAGUGUAGUCACUGCACUUCUCUUAUGGUGGGAUUAGUUCGACAAGGUUAUGCCUGUGACGUGUGUUCAUUUGCAUGCCAUGUUUCCUGCAAGGAUAGCGCACCUCAGGUCUGCCCCAUACCCCCUGAGCAAGCCAAGAGGCCUCUUGGAGUAGAUGUGCAAAGAGGAAUAGGAACUGCCUAUAAAGGUUAUGUAAAGGUCCCGAAGCCUACAGGAGUGAAGAAAGGGUGGCAGAGAGCUUAUGCAGUUGUCUGUGACUGUAAGCUGUUCUUAUAUGAUGUGCCUGAAGGAAAAUCUACCCAGCCUGGAGUUGUUGCAAGUCAAGUCUUGGAUCUCAGAGAUGAAGAUUUUUGUGUGAGCUCUGUCCUAGCAUCAGAUGUAAUACAUGCAACUCGUAAAGACAUCCCUUGCAUAUUCAGGGUGACAGCUUCUCUCUUAGGUUUGCCUUCAAAGUCUUGUUCUCUACUGAUCCUGACGGAAAAUGAGAAUGAGAAGAGAAAGUGGGUUGGAAUCCUAGAAGGGUUGCAGUCUAUCUUGCACAAAAACAGGCUGAAAAACCAGGUUGUGCAUAUUCCACAAGAAGCCUAUGACAGUACACUGCCUCUUAUUAAAGCAAGUUUAGCUGCUGCUAUUGUAGAUCAAGAUAGAAUAGCAAUUGGCUCAGAAGAAGGACUGUAUGUGAUAGAGGUGACCCGCGAUGUGAUAGUCCGAGCUGCUGACUGCAAGAAGGUGUACCAGAUCGAGCUUGCUCCCAAAGAGAAAAUUAUCAUCCUCAUCUGUGGUCGGAACCAUCACGUUCACCUUUACCCCUGGGCCUCUCUGGAUGGGUCAGAAGGAAACUUUGACAUUAAGCUUGCAGAAACAAAAGGCUGCCAAUUGAUUACAACUGGAACACUGAAGAAGAGUUCUUCGACGUGUUUGUUUGUGGCUGUCAAACGACAGGUUUUUUGCUAUGAAAUUCACAGAACUAAACCUUUCCACAAAAAAUUUGGUGAAAUUCAGGCUCCAGGAACUGUACAGUGGAUGACAGUGUUCAAGGACAAGCUCUGUGUUGGCUACCAGUCUGGGUUCUCUCUGUUGACCAUCCAGGGAGAUGGACAAUCUAUAAACCUGGUAAAUCCUAAUGACCCCUCGCUUAUCUUCCUCUCACAGCAGUCUUUUGAUGCCCUUUGUGCUGUGGAGCUCAGUAAUGAGGAAUACCUGCUUUGCUUCAGCCAUAUGGGAGUAUACGUCGAUUCGCAAGGUCGAAGGUCACGCAUGCAGGAACUAAUGUGGCCUGCAACUCCUGUUGCCUGUAGUUGCAAUUCUUCCUAUGUAACAGUGUACAGCGAGUAUGGUGUUGACGUAUUUGAUGUUAAUACUAUGGAAUGGGUCCAAACUAUUGGCCUGCGAAGGAUCAGACCGUUAAACAUGGAUGGCACGCUGAAUCUCCUUAACUGCGAGCCACCAAGACUGAUAUAUUUCAAGAACGCGUUUGCAGCAGGAGCUGUCCUCAGUGUACCAGAAACAUCUGACAACAGCAAGAAGCAAAUGCUUCGAACUAGGAGCAAAAGAAGAUUUGUAUUUAAGGUUCCCGAGGAAGAGCGAUUACAGCAAAGGCGGGAAAUGCUUAGAGACCCUGAGCUAAGGUCAAAGAUGAUUUCUAACCCAACGAAUUUCAACCAUGUGGCUCAUAUGGGACCAGGAGAUGGAAUGCAGGUUCUCAUGGACCUCCCGCUGGGUUUGUGUCUGUUACUGAAAAUAUGUGGAUGUGGUCAAAGUGUCCUACCUGCUGCGCAGGAUGAAAAACCAUGUCCCUCUACAGCUAACCUCUCACGGCAGCAGCAGCAGAGAAACAAAACCUAUAUUUCAUGGCCCUCAUCAAGUGGCAGUGAUGUGGGAGGAGCCGUGCCUUCCCGAAGCAUGUCUGAUCCUGACCAGGAGUUUGACAAAGAGCCUGAUUCAGACUCCACCAAACACUCUACUCCCUCAAAUAGCUCAAAUCCAAGUGGUCCCCCAAGUCCCAACUCUCCUCAUAGGAAUCAGCUUACACUAGACGGACUGGACCAGUCAACCUGUGACGCAUAACACUACCGCUCUCACCACUCUGGCUUCGAUCAUCCACUACUCCGUGGAGUAUUCAAGAGCAGGGCAAAGCUGUCUCAGAUGCUAGUGCCAAGACUGACACUGAAUCUCUAGUGUUGUACAAGAAUAAUUAUAUAUCCAGAUUGUAGAUACAAACUAUUGAAAUGAAGAAAAUUCUUUACUAAAUAGCGAUCGAGCUUUUUAUGCAGAAUUGUUCACCGCUCAGUUACAGUUGAUUCCUUUCUGCACAGCUGUGACACAGUUUUAUUGCAUAGGAGCAUUUAAGGCCACCAGUAAAUAGUCUUAUUCUUAUGCUGAAAAAGAAAUAGAGAGAGAUACUGAUAAUGUUGCUACAAUAUCAGGAAUAUUAUUUUUCUAUAGAAUGAUGUAAUGUCUCGUUAGCAGGAAAUUCUUUUAGACACAAUUUGGACCUCUAAAUAGGAAAUGCAGGCAGGUCUGGUUACAUCGUCAGAUGAAUACUCUCUUCCCUUUUUCCCAUAACUGUUUGUUUCCUAAAUCUUAAGGAGAAUGCUAGGAAGCUGUAGGUCGUUUCCAACAUCAGCAGAAUCACCAGGAAGUCAAAUAAAAGUUGAUUAUAGUUUUGUGGCCUUUUAAUUCAUUUAGCCAUUACAUAUACAGCUGCAUAACUGUCUUUCUAUCUUUCUACCAACUUCUUAGUCUUGUAUAUAGGACUACUCCCAGUUAUCUUUUACCUGUACCCUGCUUUUUAGUCCUCAUCAAUCAGGCAUUAGUCAGGGCUUUUAAAAUAUCAGUAAUUGCUGCUGGGAAAGAAAAUUUUACUUCUAGAUCCUGCCUAUCUCCUUCCAAGAAGUUGUUUCUCCUGGGUUUUUUGGUGUAAGGACACACUACAUUGUUAAGCUAGCAAGCCUUCUUGUGGAUGCAUUGCCCUUGAAGUCUGCUCGAUCUAAGGAACUAUAUCGCACUAAAACAUCAGUCUGGUUUUUUGGUUACCAAAGUGGAACGUGAAGGACGUGUAACUGGGGGUGCUGCUUUUCUCAUUAAUUGUAUCCUCACCUGCAUGAAGACCCCAUGAUUAUUAAUCAAGUAUUGAUCAUGUAGAAAAAUGCACAACACACUCCUGUAUAUUUUGCUAUGGCCCACGUGCAGUGGUGAUGUUUUGCGUGUAUAUUUAAUCUCAUGCUUCCAUGUAUUAUACAUUUAGUAAUCAAAGAUUUGUGACCAUGUUUCAUUAAAAGCUUGUAAUUAAUUCAGUGGCUGGCAUAUCCAGUUUGUCAUUGUCACACUAGUGUGCCUUCUGUGCCAAUUUUAUGACAGUUGGAUGUCACUUAUUUAAAAUUUGGUUUAAAUGGGCUAAUGAUAUACCAAUGGCUAAUGUUCUUUUCUGAAACACUGUAUAGGACGUGCACUUAUCUUUAGUUUAAACUGAGUGUUCUAGUCAACAUUUAAUCCUGUUAUGUUAAGUGUUCGACAGUACUUGCUCUUUUUCUCAGAUUCUUGAUAAAGGGGCUCAGAUGGAGCUGGACACUACUGCUUUGGGGGUUUUCUGGUUUUUACUUUUUUAAUGUAAGUCUAAGUCUUUGUAAUUAUUGAAUUGUGAGAACAUUUUUGAACAAUUUACCUGUCAAUAAAGCAGAAGAGGGAGGUUUUAAAGUU